AUGGAAGCAUAUAAUAAAAAUGAAGAAGAAAAAAAAGAAAUUAAAAAUAAAAAUAAAAUAUUGAUAUGCGGAUUAAUAUCUGGUAUACUAACAAAAACAAUGUUUGCCCCAUUUGAUAGGAUAAAACUUUUUUAUCAAAUACAGCCAAUGUUUUAUCAUUAUAAUACAAAAAAAAAAAAAUUUAUCCUUAAAAAUACAAAAGAAUCUACAAAUAAUAAUAUAUUAUUAAAUGGAGUAGAUAAUAAAAAUUUUAGUAAAACUAGUGAAAUCAAAAAAUUUAUAAGUAAUAAAAAUAUAGUUUUUCAUAAUUUCAAAAAUUCACUGAAGGAAAUAAUAAGAACUAAUAAGAAAAAAGAGAAAAAAAUUUAUAUGACGAAUAAGACAUCACAGAUUUAUAAAAAUUACAAUAAUUCAAUAAAUUCUCAUAAAACUUUUAAAAAAAUUUUAUUUAAUUAUAAAAAUAAUUUAUACUUAAAUAAUUUAAGUAAAAAUUAUAGAUUUUUAAAUAGUUAUAAUGUAAAAAAUAUGUUACAAAAUAAAUUUAGUUAUUUAACUGGAAGAAAAGUAAAUAAUCAAACAUUUAAAUACAAAAAUAUUAUUCAAAGUUUUAUUUAUAUAAUUAAAGAAGAAGGUAUAUUAGGAUUGUGGAAAGGCAAUUUAAUUAAUACAAUAAGGGGUGGUUUAGUUUAUUCUUCUAAAUUCGGUACUAAUGAUAUAAUUAAAGAAAGUUAUAAAAGAAAAAAAAAGAAAAAUAAUGAAACUUUGAACGAAUAUGAUAUAAAAUUAGAAAAUAGUAAUAAUUAUACGAAAAAUACCGUUGAAAAAAAAAAAAAAAUUAACUAUUAUGAGAGUUUAACAGCAGGUUAUGCAUCAGGAGUAAUUCAAAAAACAGUAUCUUAUCCGUUAGAUCUUCUAAGUAUUAGAAUGGCAUUAGGUAUAAAUGAAAAGUAUUUAAGAAGCAAUUUACAGUAUAAAAGAAAAUCAAUUUUUAAAAUAAUUAAAGAAAUAAAUACAAAUGAAGGAUUUUCUGGUUUUUUUAAAGGAUUUUUUCCAACAUUAUUAACAGGUGUACCAUAUGUAACACUACAAAUGUUAUUUUUUGAUUUUUAUAAAAAUAUUUUUCAAAAUUAUUUUUCUCACAAAUCUAAUUCGUUAAGUUCCAUUGCCUUUUAUUCUUCUAUAUCAGGAUCGUUAAGUAAUUUAACAUCUUUAAUAAUUGUUUUUCCUGGAGAUACUGUUAGAAAAAGAAUGAUGAAUAAUGGUAUAGAUAACAAAAAUUAUAUUUAUAAAAAUACAUUUCAUUGUAUUAAAAAUAUUUAUUGUUGUGAAGGUUUUAAGAAUUUCUAUUAUGGUUUAUUUCCAUCUAUGCUUAAAGCUGUUCCUUCUGGGGCUAUUCAAUUUAUGACUUAUGAAAUUCUAAAAUAUAUGUUAACACAAAAUUAA